CGCUUCGCUGCACGCCUCGAACGCCAUGAGCUCGACCGACACUGCAGGCAACCCGACCGACUGCCGCGGCCAGCUGCCGGCCGUCAAGAACGGCAAAAUCAUCGACAUGGUCAACGCCUGGACCGCCGCCACUGACCAGCCGUUCAUCUCGUUCGAGUACUUUCCGCCAAAGACGCCCGAGGGCGUCGUGAAGCUGCACAAGGUGAUCGACGAGAUGUGCAAGCAGAAGCCGCUCUUCGUCGACUUCACAUGGGGCGCGGGCGGCUCGUCCGCUGACCUCACGCUCGAGCUCUCGAAAACCUCGCAGCAGAAGCACAAUGUCAUGGUGAACAUGCACCUGACCUGCACCAACCAGUCCAAGGAGGUUUGCGACGCCGGCCUUGCCGGCGCCAAGGAGGCCGGGAUCUGCAACAUCGUCGCUCUGCGGGGUGACCCACCCAAGGGGCAGGACAAGUGGGAGGUGACCGAGGGAGGCUUCGCGUGCGCGCUCGACCUUGUCAAGUACAUGCGCACCAACUACGGCGACUACUUCUCCAUCCAGGUUGCCGGCUACCCUGAGGGGCACCCGGACCGCAUCACCAAGGUGAGCGAGAUGUCGCGCCCGCUCUCGGACCGCGAGAAGAUGCGCCUGGUCGAUGUGGAUGGCGAGGAGUUUGUGUGCACCGACGAAAACUACGCGAUCGAGCUCGACUACCUCAAGCAGAAGUGCGACGCGGGCGGCGACGUGAUCAUCACCCAGCUCUUCUACGACUUCGAGGUCUUCAAGGCUUGGGUCCAGGACCUUCGCGACGCCGGCAUCACCGCGCCAAUCUUCCCGGGCAUCAUGCCGCUCAACGCGUGCGGCGGCUUCAAGCGCAUGACGGGCUUCUGCAAGACACGCAUCCCGCCCGCGAUGGCGAAGCGGGUGGCGGAGCUGAGCGGGGACGACAAGAAGGCGGAGUUUGCCGAGUACGGCAUCGACUACCUCACCGACCUGUGCAAGCAGCUCGUCGCGUCCAAGCUCGUGCCCGGCCUCCACUUUUACGCGCUCAACCAGUCGGAGCGCACCUUCCAGAUUCUCAAGCGGCUCGGAUACUACGCGCCGACCGACUAGCCGCCCGCGCCGUGGCGCGCGCGCAUCAUCUGUCAUCUCGCCCCCCCUUCGCUGUCCCUGAAGUAUAGCCCCGAUGAGGGCGGGGCGCCUUGAGGCACGCGCCGCCCGCCUGUAGCGACUAGCGUGUCGAUAUUGGCAACCGCCACACGGACAGCCGCCUUGCUCCCAGGGGUGGGCUUGAGCGGGCCGGCCCGUUGUAGCGGCUGGCGUCAGCGCAUUUAUUGAGAAAUUGGCAUUUUGGACUAUAUGGUUAUGGACGGGAU